AUAUAUAUAGGCGUAUAUAUAUAUAUAUAUAUAAUCGAACAAAAGUCGAAUUAAUUUUGGAUUCAACAUGGAUACAUUUGAUGUAUCUGAUAGGAGCAGCUGGUACUUUGGUUCCAUGUCUCGACAAGAUGCAACCGAAGUAUUAAUGAAUGAGAGGGAACGAGGAGUUUUUUUGGUUCGCGAUAGCAAUUCAAUUGAAGGCGAUUACGUCCUUUGCGUUAGAGAAGACACUAAAGUUAGUAACUACAUUAUAAACAAGGUGCAACAACAGGACCAAAUAGUUUACCGUAUAGGCGAUCAGUCUUUCGAAAACCUUCCUAAGUUAUUAACUUUCUACACACUGCAUUAUUUGGACACCACACCACUGAAGCGACCCGCGCAGAAAAAACAUGAAAAAGUUAUCGGCAAAUUUGAUUUUGUUGGAAGCGAUCAAGACGAUUUACCGUUUCAACGAGGCGAAGUUCUCACGGUAAUUCGAAAAGAUGAAGAGCAAUGGUGGACAGCCCGCAAUUCCACUGGUCUAGUUGGGCAAAUACCAGUUCCCUAUGUUCAACGCUACGACGAAUCAUUGGACGAAGAUGGUAUGGACCAUGCAGCUACUUUAAACCCAAGCGCUUGUUCGGCACGUUCCACAGGGGGCAGUUCCGAAUCACCAACCGUGUCAUCCAGCCAGUUUAGUACAUUAAAAAGGACAGACCUAAACCGCAAAUUGCCAGCUCGAGCUCGAGUCAAACAGUCUCGCGUGCCUAAUGCAUACGAUAAAACGGCGCUAAAGUUGGAAGUAGGGGAUAUCAUUAAAGUCACUAAAACCAAUAUAAAUGGGCAAUGGGAAGGAGAGCUUAAUGGACGAAAAGGUCAUUUUCCAUUUACGCACGUCGAAUUUGUUGACGAUUGUGAUUUAACCAAUAAUUCUCCGGAUAUUCGAUUAAAUAACGAUUGGGUGGAUCAACAACAAUAAUUUUCAAUCAUAAUUAUCUUAUAU